AUGCUCGGGAAGCUCGUUCAUAUCGGAAUCGACGCAAUCAUCAUUAGCGCAUUCCUCGCUGGAGUCAAGCGCAACACUGGUCUCACGCCUGCGUUACACCAGGUGCCAAACAAGGACAUCCGACAAAUUUUGCGCCAAUAUCUUGAGUUUGGCGAAUACGCUUUUGACUUUGCCGUUGUGAUAUUCGGACGUUCAGCAUCGUUCGAGAGAAAGCACUGA